GAAGCGGAACCGGCGGUUUCCGGAAGCCGGCAGCCGCCCUAAGAUUCAGGUCAGCGCUUGCUACAGCAGAGUCUGUCGCACUGUCCUGCGGUUCCCGGUGUUUGGUCCUUGCCUGUAACGGUGGGAGAAGAAGAUGGCCCUGCUAUGCUAUAAUCGAGGCUGCGGCCAGCGCUUCGACCCCGAGAACAAUACCGAUGAUGCUUGCACAUAUCACCCAGGUGUUCCAGUCUUUCAUGAUGCAUUAAAGGGUUGGUCUUGCUGUAAGAGAAGAACGACUGAUUUUUCUGAUUUCUUAAGCAUUGUGGGCUGUACAAAAGGUAGACAUAAUAGUGAGAAGCCACCUGAGCCUGUCAAGCCUGAAGUCAAGACUACUGAAAAGAAAGAACUAUCUGAAUUGAAACCCAAAUUUCAGGAGCACAUAAUUCAAGCCCCUAAACCAGUAGAAGCGAUAAAAAGGCCAAGCCCAGAUGAACCCAUGACAAAUUUGGAAUUAAAAAUAUCUGCCUCCCUAAAACAAGCGCUUGAUAAACUUAAACUAUCAUCUGGGAAUGAAGAAGAUAAGAAAGAAGAUGACAGUGAUGAAAUUAAGAUUGGGACCUCAUGUAAAAAUGGAGGGUGUUCAAAGACAUAUCAGGGUCUACAGAGUCUAGAAGAAGUUUGUGUAUAUCAUUCUGGAGUACCUAUUUUCCAUGAGGGGAUGAAAUAUUGGAGCUGUUGUAGAAGGAAAACCUCUGACUUUAAUACCUUCUUAGCCCAAGAAGGCUGUACAACAGGGAAACACGUGUGGACUAAAAAGGAUGCUGGGAAAAAAGUUGUUCCAUGUAGACAUGACUGGCAUCAGACUGGAGGUGAAGUCACCAUUUCAGUAUAUGCUAAAAAUUCACUUCCAGAACUUAGUCGAGUAGAAGCUAAUAGUACAUUGUUAAAUGUACACAUCGUAUUUGAAGGAGAGAAGGAAUUUCAUCAAAAUGUCAAAUUAUGGGGUGUGAUUGAUGUAAAACGAAGCUAUGUAACUAUGACUGCAACAAAGAUUGAGAUCACCAUGAGAAAAGCUGAACCUAUGCAGUGGGCAAGCCUUGAACUACCUACAACCAAAAAGCAGGAAAAACAAAAAGAAGACAUUACAGAUUGARGUUGGGGGAGGGCUGUUGCCUAUUUCAGAAUUCUGAAUGUGUGGUGAAGUGGUGGCUUGCUGCUGUAACUUUUUGUUGUUGAAUCAGGCAUUUCAGGGUCAUAUUAGGUUUUUGUUUUUAAAAGSCAAAGUCAAUUUAUCUUUUUGUGUUGCCAUAUUUUGCGUUCCAUAAGAUUGAUUAUUCAUAUCUUCUCAUUGGUAGAACCAUAGUUAYGUCCCUUACUUGAAGAAGCUGGAAAAUAGCUCGAGUGUAAUUGCAGUAUUUCUUAGUGUAUUAUUAUUAUGUUAAACAAAGAAAUAAUAAGGGACAUUUGUUUUUUAUACUUCUGUUAUCUUAUAAUUAUUAAAGCAAGAUGAAAAUGUCAACUUUUUAAUCAKUUUUUUUUUUYCCCUCUUUGUGGACCUUUUGUUCCUAUAAUACUUGAAAAUYUUCAAGGAAGAAAUGAAGUUCUGCAUUGUUUUUGUUUGUUUUUGUUUUCCAUGUGGGAUAGUCACUUUUUCCAAGAGGACUAUCCUAGGUAAAGUGGGGGCAAAAUAUAUGCACUGACCAACAAAUUACAGUUUAUUCACGGUUAAUUUAAUUUUAAAAUUACAUCAUUACCUAUAUUACUUGCCAAAYAGUAUGACUUAAGAGUAAAGGAAACAAGACUGGAGAGAGAUCAAUUUGGUUAAAAUUCACUAUUUUUAUAAGACUUAAGCAAUAAUGUUAAAAAUCUUUUCUCCUGAUUAAGGGUCUUUAUAUGAUGUUAUGACUAAAUGGUACCUGAUUUUUCAGUCUAAACCCUCUUAAAACCUUCAGUUACCUAUAAAAAAAAAACAAAAAACUAUCUGGCCUUAUUGAUAGAAAAAUACCUAAAAUUAUAUYUUAAAGGUUUGUGGAAAUACAAUAGAAAAUGAGAAAACUAAAUACAUAAACUUUGCUUUAUGCCUACUAUUACAUGUAAAAUAAAAUAGCUUAAUUCUCCCAGAGUCAUUUUUUUUUAAAGGCUUUCAAGUAGAGCUUGACAAUUAUAGUAAUACAAUGUUGAUCAUAUAUUGUAUUGGUAUUAAAUAUAUGUAAUACAUGCUUUGAUUUAUUUAUGCUUCUCAGACCAUUWGUGAAUAGAUCGCUUUUUGAGGUAAUACAGAGUUCAAGAAGGAAAUUUUAAAGAAAUGUUAUGCCAUUCAAACUGGCAUAACUUAAUAAAUUUGGUUAUUAUUUAGGCUUAUACAGAUAAAUGAAAGUCAAAAAGUUUUCCAAACCCCUUGAGUAUAUUCUAGGUUAAUAGAACUCUUGCAAAGAAAAGUGUGCAGAAGUACUAUUUUAGUUCAUAAGAGGUUUGUAUAUAUAAUUCUGUUACUCUUAGCAAAUAACUAGUAGAUAUAUCAGUUAUAAUAAUUAUUUAAAGAUCUAGCUCUGACACAGUUUUACAAAGUUUGGCACCCAGGCUUUGUUGACAUUA